AUGGUACCUCAAAGAUCAGCCGAGCGUACAUCGGAGGAAGGCUCUAGUCCUACCCAGCCAUUCCUUGAACAGCAGACCACCUUGAAAGUGGAAUCCCUCAUCCCGCCGAGGGGUAGCCUUACCUGGAUCAUUCACAUUUUGGCCUCUGGCGUGUCUCUUACGCUGGCCCUGGUGGCAUUUAUCAUGAAGCCAAGCACCCUGCAAUGUACUCACCAACUGUCGCCGUACUCUCCACUUAUUAAAGAAGGGUUCAUCAAGUAUGAUUCCAAAAACUUCGACAACGAAUUUGACAAACCGUCGAAGUAUCGUGGACAACCCAACGAUCUCACCGAAGCAUCGUGGAAGGGCCUCUGGGAAACUCCUGCAAUCGGAGUACUAGGAGAAAAACUAGACGUUCUCAAUAAGUCUGGUCCGGCAAGUCUGAACUGGUUCCCUGCGCCUCGUACUUCAGAUCAUGGCGCCGAGGAGGAAUUUGCUGCUUUAGUUGAGGUCUUCCACCAAUUACAUUGCAUCAAUACCCUUCGGUUGGAGGUCCAUAAGAACAGCUACUACGAGUAUUUCGGCGAGUGGCCGGAUGGAAGUGGCCCUGGGAAUGAGGCAGUUAAGCAGACUCAUAUAGACCAUUGUAUUGAACUCCUACGCAUUACUCUGAUGUGCACCUCGGAUGUGACACCGUUAAUGUUUAAAGAUGAACCCCACGCGUUUCAAGGACGAACCCCCGACUUCAAUACCAUGCAUACGUGCCGCAACUUUUGGGAAAUUCGCGAAUGGGUUGAGAAAAACGGCCUACCGCCAUUAUCCUGA